UAUAUGGGGGGGAGCGCCCGCGCCGCCGGCCGGUCGGAGCGCAGCAGGCACUAAAGAAGCGCGACGGGAGUGCAGGGCAGAGGCGGCACCGGAGGCUAGAACGGACGAGUGGCCGUGGGGGGACCGCGGCGCACUGGGCAGGGUGUGUGGCUCGGUCGGCAGCGGCUCCGGUGUCCGAGGCGGGGGCCGCGCUGGCGGUGGAUGUCUGCCCCAGCCAUGCUGUGCUAUGUGACCAGGCCGGACGCGGUGGUGAUGGAGGUGGAGGUGGAGGCCAAAGCCAACGGCGAGGACUGCCUCAACCAGGUAUGCAGAAGGUUGGGGAUUAUAGAAGUUGAUUACUUUGGACUGCAGUUCACUGGCAGCAAAGGAGAGAGUUUAUGGCUGAAUUUGAGAAAUAGGAUCUCCCAGCAGAUGGAUGGACUAGCUCCUUACCGAUUGAAACUGCGUGUCAAGUUUUUUGUAGAACCACAUCUUAUUUUGCAAGAACAGACAAGGCAUAUGUUUUUCUUGCAUAUAAGGGAGGAUCUUUUGGCUGGUAAUCUUCAGUGUUCUUCAGAGCAUGCCAUUGAACUUAGUGCAUUGUUGGCUCACAUGAAGUUUGGGGAUUAUAACCAGAAUACUGCCAAGUACAGCUAUGAAGAGUUGUGUGCAAAGGAGCUCACUACUGCCACCUUAGACAGUAUUACUGCAAAGCACAAGGAACUAGAAGGGCUGAGCCAGGCUUCAGCAGAGUACCAGGUUCUGCAGAUUGUGUCAACACUGGAGAACUAUGGGAUAGAGUGGCACUCAGUGAGAGACAGUGAAGGGCAGAAACUUCUUAUUGGUGUUGGGCCUGAGGGCAUCUCCAUCUGUAAAGAUGACUUCAGCCCUAUUAACAGGAUUGCUUAUCCUGUUGUUCAAAUGGCAACCCAGUCUGGGAAGAAUGUGUAUCUGACUGUCACCAACGAGUCUGGUAAUAGCGUAGUUCUCUUGUUUAAGAUGAUCAGUACCAGAGCAGCAAGUGGACUGUACAGAGCAAUAACAGAGACACAUGCAUUUUACAGGUGUGACACUGUUACUAGUGCUGUCAUGAUGCAGUACAGUCGAGAUUUAAAGGGCCAUCUAGCAUCCUUGUUCCUGAAUGAAAACAUUAAUCUUGGCAAAAAGUAUGUCUUUGACAUUAAACGAACAUCAAAGGAGGUUUAUGAUCAUGCGAGGAGGACUCUUUACAAUGCUGGCAUUGUGGAUCUUGUUUCAAGAAGUGACCAAACACCACCAAAUUCUCCCCUUAAGUCUUCAGAAAGUAAUAUGAACUGUGACAGCUGUGAGGGUCUCAGCUGCCAGCAAACAAAAGCUCUUCAAGAGAAGUUGCGGAAGCUGAAGGAGUCUAUGCUAUGUAUGGUGUGUUGUGAGGAAGAAAUAAAUUCAACCUUUUGUCCUUGUGGCCACACAGUAUGCUGUGAGACCUGUGCUGCCCAGUUGCAGUCAUGCCCAGUUUGCAGGUCUCGGGUAGAGCAUGUCCAGCAUGUGUAUUUGCCAACCCACACCAGUCUGCUCAAUCUGACAGUGAUAUGAUCUGUGUACACUUCUAAAGCAUCAUGUACUUUUUACAAACUGCACUAAGAUGAACUACAGCCAUUGAUUGUGAAAAAGGCAAUCACUCCAGCUCCUGCCUGCAAUGAGAAGCAAAAACCCCACUACAUCUCUGGGUCGGAGAGGGGUCAAUAUUAUCUGUUCAGCAUGCCCAAGAAGAGGUUUUGGGACAUCUUGUGAAAACAGAACUCUAAAAAAAUUCAUGUCAUCUAAAGGAGGAAAAAGGCCUUCUUGAUGCAUGAGCUUGCAAUGUGGCAAUAUUGCCAAAAGCUAGGUAAUUCUGGGGAAUGUGGUGUAAAGUCUAUUUGAUAUACCCAGCAGGGAUAAUUCAAUAUGUAGUUUUACACAUUUUAUAAUUGGUUUUACGUUUCUUUUUAUUUUGUUCCUUUAGUGUGAUCACUCCAUUAUUUUUAAUAGCAAAACUAGUUUUUUACAAAUUUGUACGUCAGUUUUAGUGUGAUGUUUAUAGUUUCUGUGUUUAGUAAUUGUUCUAAAGUGAGGGGAAACUAUUUUAAAAAUCAGUAUUUUUAAAAACCUGAGGUUGCAAGGCUUUAAGCAAGCAGUUGCAUUUAAAUCAGCAAUCUAAUCAAAGCUCAAGUCAUAUGACAGUGAUAAUUUUGGAAGGUUUUUUUGCAGCAAAUUUUAAUUUCUGGAUGUUGAGAGGUUCGUCAGGAAAGUCUCUCCUGCUUGAUAAUGAUGCUCCACUGAGGAAAUGUUCUGGGGCUUUGCUUGCAAAUCAAAAGGGAAAACCAUUUCUACUUGGGAAGGAUGUAAGUUGUGUAACAGUCACAGAUUCAACUGUCAGCCUGUAAAUCUGCCUUAGCUGUGGAGGCUGAUUUUGCUUGAACUAUCAAAUCCAUUUUGGCCUAAAAUAGUGUAAAGUUUGUAUAAUUUAAGUGCUUUCAUAAGUUUAACUUUUGAGUUGCUUGGUUAUCUUUCUUGCUAAAACUUUUUAUCUUCCACCCCCAUUUGGGCAUUUUGGACUUCGGUCAACUAGUGUAUUCUCCAUGAUUUAGAGGAAACUAGAAGACCAUAUUUGGGUGCAAUACUAGCUAAAUUAAAGCUAGAAAACUACACUGUCACUUUACUGAGAUUUUCUGAGUAUACUUUUCAUAUUGCCUUAAUGUAGCAGUAAUGUGUGUGUAUGCAUUUGUUUCUUUGCACAGACUUUUGUCAAAAUAUUAAAACUCUACUUUUUUAUCGCACAUAUUAGCAUAUAAACCUUACUCCAAGAGGUAUUUAUUUUUUCACUUUGUAAAGAAAUUUUUGUUUCCACAUGAAGCAAGAACUCUGUCCUAUAUCAUAGACAACUUCUGUCUUUUUAUAUUCAGGUUAAUAAAGGACUUUAAAUCAGA